CUACAGAUGUUCAUCGGCGAGAUGGGAUGCUGGCUCGUUGUGCUUGGUUCGUAUAUCUACCGCCGUUAUGUCUUGCGUUCGUCGGAAUACCACUCCCCCCUUCUUGCAGGCGGGUACCACCCCGUCCAGACGGACGACGCCGAGGUCGACGGGGACGACAACGAGGAGGAGGACGAUGCGCAUAUUACAAAUGGCAAUGGUGGUCAGGAAGGGAUCGAGGAUGAUCACACGAAGCCGGUUCGUACCGUGCUCCGCGGAUGGAAGAUCUUCUUGCUGGCGAUGCCCUCGUGCUGCGAUAUCGCGGGGACAACCCUCAUGAACGUCGGCCUGCUGUUUGUCGCUGCGAGCAUCUACCAGAUGACCAGGGGGGCGCUGGUGCUCUUUGUCGGUCUGUUCAGCGUCCUGUUCCUACGCCGCAAGCUGCACAUCUACCAGUGGCUGGCCCUGUGCAUUGUUGUCCUCGGCGUCGCUGUGGUCGGGCUCGCGGGCGCGCUGUUUGGCCACGACUCGUCGACCGAGGCCACCACCACUACGGUCACGCAGCCGCCCGAGGCGGUGCAGGCCGUCAUCGGGGUUCUGCUCAUUGCGGCCGCGCAGAUCUUCACCGCCACGCAGUUCGUCCUGGAAGAAUGGAUCCUGGAGCACUACGCGAUGGACCCCUUGCAGGUUGUCGGAUGGGAGGGCAUCUUCGGAUUCUCGGUGACUUUCGUGGGCAUGAUCGUCAUGUACUUUGUUGUCGGCCGCACGCCUGCAGGCCAGUACGGCUAUUUCGACCUGCGAGAGGGCUGGCGCGAGGUUCACAAUCCGGCCGUCGCAUGGUCUAGCUUGGCUAUUAUGAUCAGCAUUGGGGGCUUUAAUUUCUUCGGUCUGUCCGUCACCCGCACCGUCUCGGCCACCUCGCGCAGCACCAUUGACACUUGCCGCACGCUCUUCAUCUGGAUUGUCUCGCUCGGACUGGGCUGGGAGUCUUUCAAAUGGCUACAGGUUCUCGGCUUCGUCAUGCUCGUCUAUGGCACUUUCCUGUUCAACGACAUCAUCGCGCCCCCUCUCAAGGCAUGUCUGCCUAGUCACCUGCGCGAGGGCGAGGUGCUCUUGCCUGAGGAGCCGAUUGAGCAUAUGUAGUGUAUACACUUGGUAUAGCAGCAGGUAUUUGUUAAGGAUACUUUCUUUACUGUAGUUUGAUUAGUUGGUUGUUUGUAUACAGUACACUGCCUAGCAUCCUACUUCAUUGAUCAAUAUGAUAACUAUCAAGCUUGUAUAAUCUAUUAAAGGAC